AUGUUUAACAAGAAAAAAACUUCGGAAAUAACUGAACGUAUGGAAGGUGAAUGUGAAGAUGCUAAAGAAAGACAAACAGUAACACGAAAUUAUUAUUCAUCUCGACCAAAAACAUUUGAUACAAUGUUAGGUGGUUAUACACAAGUACAUGAUGCUGACAUUCAAGAAUCUAAUCAAUUACUUCAAUCAAUUUUUAAACAAUAUAAUGGUAAAUUAGGUUCAUCAUAUUGUCUUGAACUUGGUUGUGGAAUUGGUCGUGUAACAAAAAAUUUAUUAUCUCGUUAUUUUGAUCAUAUUGAUAUAAAUGAUUUAUUAGAAGAAUAUUGUGAACAAACUCGAAAUCUAUUUGAAAAUGAUGAAAAUAAAAUAGAUCGAUCAUUUGUUUGUUCAAUUGGUGAACUUGAAUUAGAUAAUUUUCCUAAAUAUGAUCUUAUAUGGGCACAAUGGGUAUUAGGAUAUUUAGAUGGUGAUGAUCUUGUUUGUCUUUUACGUAAAUUAAAAGUAACAUUAAAAAAAAAUGGUUUAAUUGUUAUAAAAGAUAAUUGUGUUGCUCAUGGACAAGAACCUGAAUUUGAUCCAGAUGAUCAAUAUUAUGUUAGAAGUGGAGAACAAUUUUAUGAUAUAGCUCAUCGAGCUGGUUUUACUGUUGUUAAAGAUCAAUGUUCAAAAUUAAAAAAAGUUGUUAGAGAACUUUUACCUAUAAGAAUUUUUGUUCUUGCACUUAAAUGA